AUGGCAAUUUUCCGCCAAAGUGCGUGUCGAAAUCUCUCAGUAAUCCGUCUCCCCAAGAACGGAGGAGAGUCAUGUCAAUCUCAGCCAUUUGCGUUAUAUCAAAACCGAAAUAGGGACACCGUAUAUGACUUUGUUAAUAAUCCCAAAGAUGAAGAUGUUGAAAUACUCACAUUCGCCGAGGAACCUCUCGGGAUGCCGGCUAGGUUGGGCUUUGGCUAUCUUCAAGUUGAUAUUGGUGAACGGUUUGGGCCAGACAACCGAUUUGAGAUUCUAAGAAAACUCGGGUGGGGACAGUGCUCAAGCAUCUGGCUUGCGAAAGAUACCAUCGAGAACUGCUUCGUUGCUAUUAAAGCACUAUCAGGACACACGACACACCAAUGCAAAAAGCGAGUUUGUGUCGAACACUACAUCCUCUACGACUUAUCUCAAGGCAAAUCUACAUCGGAGACACAUUGCCUUACUCAAAUCGCUGGGUUUCUUCAACCCGGCUGGCGAUAUACGAAACCACUCAUCAAGAAACUUCUACGACAUACCCUCGUUGGCCUAUCUCACAUACAUAGUCUGGGCAUCGCACAUACAGAUCUUAAACCUGAGAAUAUCCUGAUGGACCUGGGAAGUGGUUCCGAAACGUUUGACAUCGAGUCGUUCUUAAGAAACGAACCUGCAAGAAAGCAUCCUCCGGACCGGACUCAAGGCGGACAGCUCGUGCAGGCUGCUGUCUCACAACCCUUUCCUAUUCCGCCAUUUAAAGAUUGGAUGUCACGAAAUUUCAUAAUCACUGACUUCGGCAGUGCGCAAUACGUUAAUCAUAAAGUUUACUACGAGAUCAUGCCUCAGGAUUUGCGUGCCCCAGAAGUUAUACUCGACCUUCCCUGGAAUGAGAAGGUUGAUAUUUGGGCCUUCGGCUGUCUUGUAUUCGAAUUUGUCAAUAAUCAACGGUUGUUGAAAUCAAAUGCGACGGAGGGCCUCGAAAGUCUAGACCCCAAUGUCUUAUUCCUCUGGCAAAUUCUCUCACUUACCAAAGAACGCAUCCCACCUGAAGUGAUUCGCAGCAGCGAGCACGCGAUGAAAUACCUUAAUCCAGAGACGAGCUUGCUGAACGAUGGUAGACCGUUAAUUGAUGUUCGAUUCCUCGACAUCUUAAGACAGAUUGGGGCACUGACAAAGCCCGAAGACCUCGCGGGCUGCGAGCGCUUGCUUAAGAAAUGUCUUCGCCUGGAUCCAAACAAGAGAGCUUCGGCGAAGGAGCUCUUAGAAGAUUCUUGGCUUAACACAGAGACAUGA